AUGGAGCAGUUCGUGCAAGAUACUGUUCGGAAUGUGCCCCCGAUUACGCGCUGUCUUUUGAUAGUGUCAACUGGAUUGAUGAUUCUGACGUCAUUGGAACUGGUCUCGCCUUACUCUUUGUACUUUGAUCCGCAAGCCAUAUAUGGGAAAAAAGAAGUAUGGCGACUAGUUACAUCAGUGUUAUACUUUGGUAGCCUCGGGAUCCAGUUCUUAUGGACGUCGUAUAUUGUUUUGCUGUAUUGUGGCAAGCUCGAAUCCGAGAAUUACGAAGGUGACAAGUUGAAGUUCGGCUGGAGGCUUCUUCUCAUCGUGCUGGGUGUGUGGACAUGUGGGACGUUGUUCCCGUACUCCCUAUUCCUCUCCUCCAUGUUCCUCUCCACCUUGAUGUACGUCUGGAGUCGAAAGAACCCGGACGUCAUCAUGAAUGUGCUUUUGUUCAACGUACAGGCCCCCUGGCUGAGUUGGGUCAUGCUCGGGUUCCAGUACCUCGUGGGCCGAGGAGUCUUCGACCACUUGGUCGGCAUUCUUCUGGGCCACUUGGUCUACUUCCUUGAUGACAUCUAUCCCACCAUGCCCGCUUCUAGCGGCAAGAAGCCUCUGGAUCCUCCGCUCUGGGUCCGAGCCUUCUUCACCAGAGAAACGUAG